UCGCUUUAUGCACACAUAUGUAGCCAUAAGAAAUUCAUUCUAUAUUUCAAUGGAUCUAUGCCGUUAACUAAAGUCAGCUGAUUUCGACUUCCGACCGAUUGUCAGAUGCAAGUGGAAGAAGAAAGCAUGGUAAGGAACGAAUAUCCAGCAUCGGACGAAGUGAAAAAGGAAGGAAACAUAGAGGAAACGGUCCAAAUGGAAGAAACUAAUCGCGGCGAUACUGACGAGGAAAUGAACUAUGCCGAGGACGAAGAACAUUCUGAUGACAUUCACGAGUACCUCGAGGAUGACUAUCCUGAGGAUGUAUAUGUCUUAGGUAUGAAAGAAUUAGAAGUCGAGCUGGACCAUUUGGAAACUGCUUUGGAUCACUUGGAAAGAAAGAAUGACGAUAUACAUGCACAGCUGACAGAAUUGCUGCAAUCUAAUCGUGAAGCUAGGAGACAAUUUCAGGAAUCAUUGCAAGUUGAAGAGCAACAAUCAAAGUGAUUAUCACUUUGUACUUAGUGAAAAUCAUUACUUGUUAAUUUGUUAUCUGAGUAUCUAAGUAUUAUCUCUAAUAUUGUAAACAAAUUAUUUUAUGUAUCUAUAAGAAUGAAGAACACUGUAUAAUCUCUCCUGAUCGAUCGAAUCAUAUUUGUCAAUGAUUAGGCAUAAAAACUUCGAUAGCAUUCCUGAUAACAGAAAGAAUAAAAUAACAUUAAUUUAUCAUAUAAUUAUAUACAUAUAUAUAUAUAUAUAUACAUUUGAAAAUAUUAAUGCAUUUGUAUUUAUUAUACAUAUCACUGUUAAUUAAAUUGCAACUGUAAUUUUUAAGUUCAAAAAAUUCUUAUCACAUAUUAUGAAAAAUAUAUGUUUAUUAAAUUUUAAUAAUAAAUUUUAUUGAAAUAUUUGGAGGACAGUAAUGCAAAUAUCUUUCUAAUGUAUUUCUAUAUAUUUAAUAAUAUAUUGAUCUUGAGAAUUAGUAGGAUAAAAUAAAAAUAUACAGCCUUAAUAAUGAAAAUAUAAAACAUGUCGAGGGAAAAAUAUAUUUCUAAGCACAAAUAAAAUGAUUAGAAGAUACAAUGAAGAUGUUUAAUACAACAGUUUUCAUAUAUAACUUAUUCCGUAAUGCACUAGAGAAGGGAGUAUUUGAAAAUAUUCAAAUGAACAAUAAAUGCAUAAACAGUUAUGUAAAUUUUAUUUGCAUAUAAACAAACAGAUUAAUAUACUGUUGAUAGUAAAAGUAUAAUUUGCUAAUUUCGAUUACAAUUAUUGUGUGUUUAAUAGCAAAGAAUAGCUGUUAAUGUAUUGAAUGUAGAAAUCAAUAAACUAAUAUAAACAAUA